UUUUUAUCCACCAAGCAUGAAUCCAAGUGUUUGGAGCAAAGGUAUGUAUUCUUCCAGCAACAUUUGCCUUGACGGCUGCCCUGCAGAGCGCCUCUCCUCUUUUCAAUCGGACCCUGUGCCGUCAAAUUCAGAUGCGUCUGGUGCUUCUGUGACCUUACACAAAGACAGUGAGAACAUAAAAAUGCUACCGGAGAGCGUUUAUUACAGCAGCUGCGAUGCUGGUUCAAUGAUCUGUUCCAGACAGCUGAAGCUCAAUCCAUCCAGAGAUACUGGAUAUUUAUCUGCCAGAAGGCACCCAUCUCCUGCAUCCAGUUCUUGUGGUCGACAUGACUGGUACUUAAACAGUGGCCGUCGAGCAAAGCGUGCCAGGGUGGAAAAUAUCAUCAAAGGCAUGACCGGCUCUCCUGGUAUGCACUGCACAGAUGACAACGAAAGGAUUCAAGAUCUGCCUUUACACCAGGAGCACAUGGAAAGAAAUGGAUCUGGCAGUGCGAGAAAGCAGCUUGAUAUUCAGCAUCAGCACCUCAGACAGCUCAGAACAAGGUUCAACCAUGUGGAUGGAGUAACUGAAACUACAGACAGUACAAAGGAGGAGCAAUAUCCCACUUGGAACGAUUCUCCUGAAGCAUCUCCAAGGGACGCACGAACAAAUUCAUACAGUGAGUUUGAGAGCAGCCCGAGUAGAAAAGAUCACGGCUGGAAGAAGGUGAAGCUAUUCAACUUCUCCCAAUCCAAACCUGAGAGAACACAGCUGAUGGCAGAUGUUUUAAAGUAUGAACUGUCCAGAGCUGUCAACAGAAGCGUUGACACUAUUUUUAAACGUAUGCCACGCCUACAGACAUCGCCAAAUGACGAGAGGAAUGUGGAGACUGAUGUGCCUCUUCACUCAUCGGUUUGCAAAGAUAAUAACAUAAGACAGUCGUGUUGUGGGAACGCAGCGGUGCACGUCCCUGGUGUUCAAACCGAAGCUCUGUCUCUGGUUGUGCAAAAGCCUCGAUCGGAAAGAGCCGACAAGUCCGUCCUCCAGUCCGAAUCGAGAGCUCACCAUGGUCCAAAACCUCCGAUCCCCUUGAGUCACGACUCGGCUCUGCGUGAAGAUCAGCUGCCAGAGAAGAAUCACAACACUGCCCCUCAACAUGCCCUCGGAUGCUUGCCAGAUGGAUGCUCCGAAGUUGGUCAAGCAAAGUUUGAGAGGUUUGACGCACACUGGAAUUCGGUCAAAGUCAGAACAAAGGUCAACUCCAGAUGUGUCAGAAGCCCACAGACUCACAGUGUGUCGGUGGAUCCCAUGUUUUUGCAAAGUCUGUGUCUCCCUCAUGUCAAGAUUGAGUCCGAUAGCCUGGUGAAGAACAACCUGUACAUGCUGAAUGAAGGUCUGACAACAAAUCAUCUGAAGAAAGCAAAGCUUAUAUUCUUCUACACUCGCUACCCGAGCUCACUGGUGCUGAAGAUGUGUUUCCAUGAUGUGCAGUUCACUCGCUGUAUCACCUCUCAGCUCAUCAAGUGGUUCAGUAACUUCAGGGAGUUUUACUACAUCCAGAUGGAGAAGUUUGCCCGACACGCUCUCACAGAAGGAGUGGCCGACGUGAGGGGUCUGACUGUGGGGAGAGAAUCAGAACUGUUCAGAGCUCUCAACAUGCACUACAACAAAGCCAAUGACUUCCAGGUCCCUAACAGAUUCCUGGAGGUUGCGGAGAUUACAUUGAGAGAAUUUUAUGUUGCCAUUUCAAUGGGCAAGGAUCGCGAUCCAUCGUGGAAGAAAGCAAUCUACAAGGUGAUCUGUAAGCUGGACAGUGAGGUACCAGCUGAAUUCAAACAUCAUCGCUCUGAGAGAUGA